AAACAGCCGACGCCGCGUCCGUUCACUUUCACUCGGUCGAACCGCGCGCGAUUGUCCGCGAUUGCCGACCAGUCGUUCGUCACCCGUCGGUCGCGUGCGCCUCCGCUGCUCCAGCACUACCCGUCACAAUAUUUUAUACGGUCAACAGUGGUCCGGAACACACACGGGGUUUUUUUUUUUAUUUUGGGUUUUUUUUUUUACUAUUCAUUUCUAUCAUGGUGUCGGCGGAAAUACCGGAAAUUUGCACGUGAGUACGUUUUUAUGCAAAUGUAUAGUAAUAAUAUACGCAGUAUACGCACGGUGAAUGAUCGUGAUUUUCGUAUGAUUUUUUUUUCGCACUGUCCGUUGUUUAUAGUUUUCGAGCGAUGUACCGCGUCGCACGGCGAUCCGAUUUUUAGAUUUUUUUUUUUUUUCAUAUAACCGCAAACGAUUCUUCUACCAGAAAAGUCGCGUGCCUAUCGAUUUUCACGUGUCGUUUUUAUAAAAUUAUUUCUCGGAACGCAUUCAUUUACGGAGGGGGGAAAAAAACGAUUGGCAUUUCUAUGCGCGGUAAAAUGUUCAAAGAAUGUUCUAGGAAUUCGUCACGAAAUGGAUAAAAUUGUUUUCUGCUGAGCCAGAAAUGUUUGAAAAUUUUACACGCGGUUCUUCAUUAUCAAUCGUACUUGGCGAUCAAACACGUCUAACCCGCGAAAUUCGCUGAAAAUCGUAUUUCGUUAACAAUGACUCAUCGUUUCGUACAGUAAUAAACUAAAUAACUCUAUGUGUAUGCAACCGUCCCAACUUCCCACUUUUAAAAAUAGUACAUCCGCCACCUGUAUUCGCUUUUUUUUUUUUUUCAAAUUAUACACAUUGUCGCGAUUCCUAAUAGGUUCUUAUGUUAUCGCACUUGAUAUUGAUUAUUCGGUUCACACGUGAGCUCGUCGAUCACAAUAUACUUACACGGUAUCGCUUUCGAUUGCAGUAUAUUAUAACACGAUAUAAUUUUACACCUUUUUAAGAUCGAUGUAUGAAUGAAAAUUUACCGGGUUUUUUUUUGUAUAGGUUAGUUUUAAAUUGUUGUCAUCUACAUCGUCGUCGUUACCAUGCAGAUAUUCGUAUACGUAAAUAUUGUGUACUGAUUCACAUUAAUCAUUGUUCCGUUAAGCCUAAACGGUUUAGAUAAUGACUUUCUAAAAUAUCGCGCUUGCUCAUCGAGACAGUGAAAAUUGUAUUUAAUCAAGAACAGUAAAUGUUAUUGAUUUAAAAGUUCUAUAUUAUAUUAAAUCGGUUAGCGAAUUCUUUAGUAAUUGAUUUUCUUUUUAGAUUCCGAGCGUAGCGACCGAGGUAUUGGUUUUACUAAGAUGUGAAUUUUUUUUUCUUUCUCUUUUGUUCUAGUCUGUGGACACGUUUUUUCCUAGUAAACUUGCUCCAAUUUAAAAGUGUAGUGUUUCUCAAAAAGCUCAAGUUGUCUGGAUUGUACUUUAGAGAGGUCGAAUAAAUGUACUAAAAUGGGAAACGUACAAUUUCACGAUUUCAUUAUUUUAUAAAAACACGGACGGCCUUACCAGAAAAAGUGAUUUAAUCGAAAAAUCACAAGAUACCUUUUUUAUUGCCCUUUUGAUUUACUUUCUUACGGUAUUAUUUCCAAAACUUUUAAGUCACUUUUGAGCUUUAAGGGAUUUAAAUUUUUGGGAGUUUUUUUUACUGUAAUUCGGUUAUAAAUACACGUAGAGACUUGAAAUUUGUUAAUAAUACUUAUAUUGGACUUACUUAGACGUGGUGAAAUUUUCAAAAUCGUCGAACGACUUUUUUUUUUAAUAAGCGUUUUGAAAUCAAAUUUAAACGAAAAUUGCAAAAAAAAAAUGUACGGCACUUCAAAUUAUGUAUUACCAAACUGCGCUCGGAAUCGUUUUUCAUCAAGCAAUGGUUUGUCGUUGCUUACAGAUAUAAAUUAAAUAGCCUUAUGUAUCCUACCUUCCCAACUUUUUAUUUUUUAAUUAUUUGUUUUGCUAUUUUGUUUAUGUAAUAUUAGAGUGCAGUUAUAUAAGUGGCUCGGUAUUUAUUCGACAAUAGUUUUAAAACAAUUCGCUAGGCUUAUAACAAAAACUUGAAAAACUCAGAAUUGGCUUUUAUUAAAAUGUAAAUGUUUUAUCUACGAAUGGAAAAUGUUUUCCCGCGAAACUUUUGAUAAAUGUUUAGGUACUUCAAUUCCAUGAACAGAACAUAUAAACUAUGAAAUGUCUUUCGAUAUCUUAUUUAAUCUCUCUGGAUCGAGUAUUAAUCGACUAUUGAUCAUCACUUCGUUACAGACUUGGAACGUAGAUAUGUACCUAUUCCUUAAACGAUUCCGAAUGGAUCUUAGAAUUCAAAAUCAAACGUUUACAAUCGUGAUUUUAUUAUUAUUUCUUUUAAAAAGCUUUUAUUGUCAUUUUUGAACUAUAAACGUGCAGCAUUUAAAAAACCCUACUAUCUUACAGAUAUAGCUGAUUAAAAUACUAAAACACAAUCACAUUUUUCAAAUUUGUCCGCUAUAUAAGUACUUUUUGGUUCUACAAUGAUAUUGAUUUUUUUAUUAUUAGUAUUUUUUUCUUUAUCUGUGUACAUGUUUUGUACCAAAUGACUUUCAAGUGCAGUACAUUUUCUGCAAAGAAAUUUUAUUCGGUUGGUACUUUAAGCAGGUAUUUUUAAAAUUUACAAGCAAUUUUCAUAAUAAUUGGGAAAAACGAAAAUGUAUUAUUUUACAUUUUGUUUUAUUGUUGUGAUUAAGUUAAAAAUAUUCGUAAAGAUUUAAAGUUUAGACAGGAAAUCUAUAUUUGUCUUUUCUAGACGCGGUCAAGUUUUUAAAAUAUUUCAGCCGUUUUUGAGCUAGACAUUUUAAUUUUGCGAGUUUUUUUACAUAAUUUGUAUUCGAUAGGUAUUCUGUGGAUAAAAUUGUUAGAUCAAAAAGAAAUGUUUGAAAAUUUAACAGUAGGUUACUUAUAAAGUCGUGUUUUGAGGCCAAGAAAAAAAAAUUGAUUGUAAUGUAAAAUUAGUCUUGUAAGAAUUUGAAUAACAAAUUUUGACGAAAAUCAAUGACGUAAAUACAAUUACGAAUCGUUUUUUGUUAGCAAUGAUUAAUCGUUGCGUGCAGCUAUACAUUAAAUUCUCGUAUAUACCCUACCUUCUCAACUUCCCACCUACAACGGUGCUGCACCCAUGGUGUGAAGUAUAUCCGGUUUUCUUUAGUUAUUUUUGUUGAUUUCUGGUUGAUCUUGACAACAAGAGAAAAAUAAUGACUAAUGCACUACACAACUCAGAAUCAUUAUUUUCACUUACAAUAAUUUCGUACACACUGAAUUACCUUGUGUAUCCUAUCUUAGCAACUAAGACAUCAGCCUUUUUUUUUAUAGGUUGUAAAUUUGUAUAAAUUUACGACAGAAAUAUGAAAAUGUAAGAAUCAAUUUUUCGAACAAGUUUUACUUUCCUCUAAAGAAUGUCAAUAAAAAAAAACAUGCAUACACCUAAUGUACAAUACUAUUGUGAAAAAUGACACUUUUAAUAUUCUUCAAUGAAUACUGUACUAUGGCAAUUGAAUAAUAAAACUACUUCAAAGUUUAUAGAGACAUAUUUUUUCCUAAUCCACUUUAGCGUUAGAAUAAUCAGAGGGACAUACUUGUCGAAACAAAUUAUUCAUUAUCAUAUAUAAUAUAUGUAUUUUUCGUAUUAUGAUGUAAUCCCGUAAAGUCUCGCAUUGUAAGUAUGCGUUUGAAGUUCUUGUAUAAUAUUAUACAAUAACACCGUCUCGUUCUGUAAACAUUUUCCAGCCAUUAACGAAACCAACGAGCCUACACACUGUUAUUAUCGGUGCCGUUGACAUUAUUAUGUUUCCGAUAGAUACUAUCUAAUUAGUAUUCAUUUCAAAAACGGAAAAUUUAAUGACAUAUUGAUGUUUCGAAAAAAAAAAAAUACACAACAUUAAGCCGUCAAAUCGAUUAGAACCAUGAAAGCUGACCUAACCGAACCAUGAAAGCGACAUGAAAGCUCUUGUUUUACGGACACGCCGCACACGCGACGAGUAGUUUGUGUGCUGCGAGUAUAAUAUGCAUCUAAUUCAGCGUUGUUAUAAUAUUAAUUGCUAUUUAAAAUUUUUUCGGUAAUUCGAUAAAAAAAAUUAACAAGAAGUACACACUACACGUGAAAAUAUUUUCAAAAUUAAUUUGAAUUGAAGUUUUAUAGUAUAUUUGGCGCGCUGAAAUGUCGAAUUGUUUCUGAACAUUACGAAUCACGUAUAAGCAUUUAAAAAAAAGAAACAAAACAAUCUUAAUUUUGUUAUCUAGGCAGGUACUCUUUAGAACAGCGGUGCCGAAUCAGUUUUGAAAUGAUCUGGCCAAUUAGUCAUUGGUAAUAGUCUUCACCUCCAGUUAUCUACCAAUAUUUAGCUAUGCGCGUGAGGUGGUUUCGUCCUCCGUAACCUCCCAUCUACGAAAACCUAUAUUUAUACAGUGGCGUGCGCAGGAGAGAGGUUAGGGGUUAUGUUCCUCCCAUUGGCUUAAUAAUACAAAAAAAAAUAUGAGUAAUUUAAUAUCGAAACUCAUAAAUUUCAACCGAUUUCCGAGGAAAAGCUUGAUGUAUUGAUGAGAAAUUUACCCUUUUUUUUUUUUUGGAAUCCGGCUUUUAAAUUAACAAUUGUCAUAGUCGAGUUGGGCAGAGAAGACGAUUUUACUCUUUAUUCACGAUUUUUAUUUGUUACGUUCUAUCCCAUUGAACAUUCCCGGGCACGUCACUGCAUUUAUAUCUAUCGAAAUUCCUCGCUGUUGUAAGUUGUGCACAAUCGUACCGCUUGUUUCGUCAUUUUCAUUAAAUUUUAUCCAGAAUGUACUCGUGUUUAUCGAUUUUUGCGUGCUAUAAAAUCAUAUACGUCCGGCUUAAGGAAGUCACGAUUCAAUGUUAUUUCGUUCUCAUCACUCAGAACACGAGCGCAUUCGAAUACAUUAUAUGCUAAUGCUAUAACCAAAGCAUGCGUGGCCAGUGAAAACUUUAGAUUUUACAUAUCUGACGGGAGAUGGAUGUUCUUCGUCAGCCACCACCGCAGCACACAUCCUUAAAAACACAGUCGGAUAUGGUCCGGUCUUGACCCCGUUUGGCGCCGCCGAUUUUUUGUGUAUUAUUUAAUCGGGAAUCACGGAAUAACGAAAAAUAAUUGCACACGCGUUAAUUGGCGAUUGGUUAUAAAUAGGCAGGCGUUGUACGUUUAGGCAUUACGCAUCGUGCGCAAUAAUUAUGUUAGUGAUCGCACUGUGAAUUUGUCUUAAUUAGCUGUAUUGACUAACGCGUGCCAGAGUGGGUAUCGAUUUUAAUCGCGUCAUGUACACCGGCUAUCAAACAAACAAAUACAAUAGACAUUGUAGAGUUCGUAAUAUUUCAAUAACAUUAUAUGGCGUUGCGCAAUUAUAUAAUAAUGCCUAAUUCCGAGUGAAUUUCACUUGCGGCGAGAUCCCCGCGCAAGAUAUGCGUAGAUAGUACGUAGGUACGGGCGACCGUACUUUCCGUCUUCCGUAAAAAAAAAAAAUAAUAACUAUAAUAAUAACGAUGCGAAUUAAUUUCGUGAAAUUAGAAAAUAUCUCGCGGUAAAGAGAAAAAAAGUAGGGAACAAUGAGUUCGCCGCUGAACGAUAUGUUUAAUAACGGUUAUUGCGCUUGCAGUACGCACAUGCUACGAGAAACCGUCUCGUAUUGUCAUUUUUUUUUUAAUUUUAUUUUUUUUUUCGUCAGUAACGUUUAUGAAAAAAAAAAAAAAAAAUGACUAAACAAUAUUUCAAUGCGUACCGAAAUCGUUUAGAUCUUUAUGCACCUAUAAUAUGCGUUUUGAUAACGCGGUCGUUUUACACUUAUUAUCCCGAGGACGUAAAUUGUGCAGCGCACAAUAAUAUUUGACUGCGGUUAUUUUUCAUAAAUGCGCUUUGCACGUUUUCAUAUCGUUUGAAAUUGUCAUAAUUUGCAGUUUCCCCCGAAUAAUAUCAUUAUAAUAUAAUAUUUAUCGGUGUACGAAUAUUGGUGUAGUAGGUAUGGGUACAGGUUAUUUUAAUAGAAUAUUAUUGUAAUUACAGUUGUGUCGUAAGAGUCACAAAUUAUUUCGGAUCUUCAACGCUUUUCGUCGAUAACUCUGAAUUAGAUUAUGACGUUGUAUAAUAAUAAUAACAUUGUUUUUUUAAAACAAAUUGGUGUACGAUUUAUGUCAAGGUCUCUUCUAUAACAAAUUAUUCGUAAGUUGUACUAUAGUUAAAACAUGGGUUAUAAAUAUCGUUAUUAUUAUAAUGGGUUUUCAACGUUGAGAAUAAAUGUUUGCAUCGUUUAAGAGGACGUUACCCAUGCGAUACAGCCAGUCUUGUAAACGGUAUUUUUUUAAACGAACACAAAAAGAUAUUUGUUUUCGAAAGCAUUUAAAAUACAUAACUGAGUCCUUAAAAAGUAUUUGAAUACUUUAAACUAAAAUACAUUCGCUCGAGUACUUUCCAACACUGGAUUUAUCAAAAAACGUAAUGUGUUUUCGUUUACUUCCAACAGUGUUCGUCAGGCCAAAAUUAAAAGUACUGUUAUAAUUCACUAUAAUAUGUUUUCACCGAGAGAUUUUUCGAUAUCUAAUACACAAAUACAAUCUAUAUGUAAUUAUAACCGUACUGAACAAUUUAAAAAUACAAAUGUAUACUAAAUAUUUAUUAAUUUUGUGUGUGUAAAUAAACUUUUCUACCAUAUCAAAAACUAUCUGGUAGAAUUUUUGACCUGGUCACUCACCGUCGAGGAGAUAAUAUUUUUGAUUUUCUUUGAAGCUUUUUUAAUUAAUGGGAAAAACAGACAAUUUUUAGUGUAUUUUUUGUUUUGAUUUCUGGAUUACCUUGGCAACAAGGGAAAAAAUACAACUAAUAAUAAUCUGCUUAGGAUCGCUUUUUAUUAGCAGUGGUUUAUUAUUGCAUGUAGAAUUAUUCUAUACAUCGUCCUUUCCGACUUUUUUCUAAAAACAAUGACACACCUAUCAGAGUAUCAGCUUUUUUAGUUUAGUAUUUUAAAAAUCGGAAACAACUAUUUUACAAUGCUCUAUUUUAGAAGUCUUAUUGAACUUUCUGCCAUCGAUGUACGUUUUUGUAAAUAUUAAUAUAAAAUGUUAUAGCGAAAAUAAGAAAAAAAUCCCUCUAUGAAUUUUGGCAUCGAGACUAUUAGAGUUCGAUGAGAACUGUCGGAAGUACGAACACACGUGUUCGCUUUAUGUCCGUUUUAAAUAAACAGCGACAAAAGUCCGGUGUAGCAUCGUCGUUAAAAACUUUUCGAUUUUCGCGAUUUCAUUUUUACGACUGGUUUUUUUUUUAUUUUUUCUAAAACACCUGACUCAUUUAACCACAAUAUCGACUCAUUUAUUAUUAUUCCAUUAAUUCCAAAGCUGAUGGAGUUUCCCGUCAUCGCGAUAUGCGGUAUGUUGACAUCGAACCGAUAUGAUAUUAUAAGUUUGACCUGCGGGAUAGUCGGCAAGGACGUCGGUAUAAUUUUUUUUGUACAUAUUGUUUUCUUACAUUACGGUCUAAUUAGUUCGGUAUUAUAUACGCGUAUAUAAUUAACUGAGUGCGUUGCUCGUUUAUAACUAAAACAAUUUCCAGGGGAGGGGGGGGGGGUUGAAGAUUGAACUUCAUAGUAGCGAUCGCGUGAAUCGGCAUUAUAUUUUCAGCAAUCGUCUCGAAAUCGUAAUGAAGAAACGAUAUUAAUAACGUAGAAAAAAAAAUAAAUAGUAUAGCAAUAAUAGCAACCUUGACCCGGUUGUACGGCCGUAUGGGUUCCUUACAUCACCGCGAUCAGGUCGUAGGUAUAGGUACCGGUCGAACAGGGGGAUCACCUCGGCUACAUACACGUGCGUACGGAAUAAUCCGGAUGAUUGCGAGGGAUACAAACUUCUAUAAAAUAAAGACUUUCCAAAAAAAAAAAAAAUAAUAAAUACAAACCACUAAAUUGUGAUUUUAAAACGAGUUUAAGAGUUCGCCACCUUGAAUCUAAUAUAGAUCGAUCGCGUUGGUAAAAUGUUAGUUUUUAGUUAGUCUGUCAAUUUUGUAAUUAUUUCAAGGUCAUCGUAGGUAAAAGUUUACCACGCUCGUUGCAGAAACAAACGGGUGUCGUAUUUAAGGGGAUAUAUUUACCCUCGACUUUUUUUUUUAAUCUAAUAUUGUUUAUGUACGAUAACUGGUUUUUUUUUUUAAUUUCAAAUUUCUCAAUUUUGUAGUCGGAAAACAUUAAAAAUGUGUUGGUACUUACGGACUCCGUGAAUCGAGAAAACUUGAACGUACAUAAUUUUUUUUGUUCAAAACGAAAACGAAACGUAUCCAAACUGCUGUAUAACACUAAGGAGGUUCUAGAUUACUGUCUAAAUAGUGAAUCAAUUAUAUUGACAAUUAUACCUACUAUGAAAUAGUUGUUUUAUUUCAGUAAGUAACCGUCGGGCAGUUUGAAUUACAAUAAAUUAUUUGUAAUUUCCGAAUUUAAUGUCUUCCUCCUUGGCGAAAUCCUAAAUACGCUACUGGCGCUGAUAAAUUUAAGGCGGUGUUGUAGCGAUGUGAUGUGUCAUCGUGCCGGGUCCACAGAUAUAUUAGAUACAAUUAUAUUGCGCGGAAAACAUCGAAUAAUUAAUUAACAAACCGUGGUAACCUAUACGAGAGAAAAGCCGACGAGUUCAACGCUACUCUGGAAAUCUCUCGCUACAUUUUGGAUGUACCAUACACGUUGUCGAUGUUCCAAACGCUCGAUAUCUGAAUAGAUGCGAUAAAAAGUACACGGGACGGCACACGACGUGGUUGGAAUACCAGCAAUUAUACUGCGAAUGUUGGGUUUUAAUAUUUUAUAACUUUACGAGACGACAUUUUAUCCAGCCAAUGUCGCCGAUAUCAGGGGGUCUUACUGGGGUUAAUCCCACAGCUUUUUUUCUGUGUGGGUUGUAGGUUAUCAGCUUGAACAUUUGAAAAUUUAACCAUAUUUUAACGUAUUGCAAUAUAAAAAAAAAGGCGAUUGUUCGUAUUUGUGGUUACUGGUCAUGUGUACAUUUUAUUUUACCCCAGGAGUUCGGAUGGAUAUCACUGAAUUCAGCAAUUUAUAAACGCACGUGCAAAAAAUAUUUUAUUCGGAUUUGAUUUUUUUUAGAUUCUCUGCGAAGUGCACUUUUAUAAUAGCAUUUCACUAUUACCGCGGUGGCGUUUUAUUAUAAUAAUUAUUUUCGAUUCGUAUUACCCCGUAUAAAUUUGUUCGUCUAUAUUCUGAUUAUUGGUGAAAAUAAACUCUUAUCAUGACGAUGUAAAAAAAUGUAUUUUCUCUGGGUUUUUCAAAUAAGGGAAAAAUAAAUCGUCGAAGAAACACAUUGUAGGCAGCCUUAAAUUAUAACUCUGAAUCGUUUUAUUUCAUUCAGUUGUAUUAUACAAUAAUAUUAUAACACACCGGUAUAAUUUUGUAUACGAGUGUAUUAUGUGUGAAACGAGUUGAACGUCCACGCCUGUACAUAGAUUUUUAUUUAUUUUUUUACCGUCCCUUUAAGUUUUAUUUCAACUAUAAUAUUAUACGUCGUACAAUCGUCAUAUGAGUGAUAUAUCUAUCGCCGAAGUGCGAACUGUACGCAACACGUUUCACUAAUAAUUGUAUUAUGUUAACAACAAUAAAAAAAAAAAAAAAUAAUAAAUAAUAGUCGUUAUUUUUAAAGCUUAUAUCGAUCGAAUCUUUUAGCGACCGAAAUGCAAUGUAUAAUAGGAUAUUUUUUAACGAUUCGUAAGCUUUCUAAAUUAUUUAUCAUACGUCCUUGACGGGUUAUUACACACACACUCGUCGACUUUGAUAAAACUUUUCUUUGUACUUUAUUAUGUAAAAAAAAAUGCAUUAACAUUCGGGACGAAAAACGUGACAUCGAACAAUAUCAUUUUUAUAUCGGUCUUAAAACCAGCGGCUACGUAAAAAAAAUUCCACCCAAAUGUGAAAAACUAUUAAAGGGCCCCUUUUUAUAAUUCGGUUUGAAUGUAGAAAAAAAGAAAUUAGGCACAUAGUGUAUUUUAUUUAUCAAUUUGUAUUGCAUUAUAUAAGUAAAUAUACACAGACCUAUGACGGUCAUAACAGUUAAAGUUUUACAUUACGAGCUUUUGAAUUCGCAACGUUGUUAAUGCGAAACGUCCACGAGUUUUGAUUCACGAGUUUUGAUGAAUUUUGAUUUUAACUAAUGAAUAUAUUUUUGGAAAUCUGGGGGGGGGAUUAUCGCCGUCCCUGCUGCAUUCCCUGCGCUCCCCUAUUUACGCCACUGUUUAAAAUAAUAUUAACAUUAUCUAUAUCGUUUCGUUUUCAGAAUGAUUUGACAUCAAGCAUGAACAUGAAAGAGCCAUGGCUGGCCAUAAAAUCGCAUAUUACCGAACGUUACUAUAUCUGUGCAUCAUUGUAGGUAUGUACAAAUAUAAUAUACAGAGUGAUUGUAAUUUUACCGUUGGGGAUCAGCGAUCGAAUUUCGAGUAAAUUUUGAUUUUAGCUAUUACUCCCGUUAUUGUUACGAUUCGUUAAUAAUUAACGCAAGCUUCUUUACGAUACAUUAAAAAUGUUAUACCCUUAAUAAAUAUAGGAUCAUUUAAACGAUUAUACACGUACAUUUUUGACCCCACGUUUUUGACCCUACGGAUCACACAGAGAAUUUUGAAUUGGUCGUAAACCUGCGCUUCGAUUUAAAAGAUGUGUAUAUUUUUUUUGAUAUUUUUUUGAACUAUUUUCCACAGAUGGAUUAAAUUAAUAAUUCAUUGUAUAGGUAUUAUAAUUGAUGAGAGCCUAAUACAAUUUUUGAGCUUGAUUUUCCUUAACUAGUAUUGAAAUCAUCUUGGUAUAGCUACUGACUGUUGCUGCCCUUUGGUUUAUUUUUGAUUUGAGCACUGAGCAGACUCAAAAAUCGUCGCUUACACAAUGUAUUUAUGUAAAUACGUAACAAAACAAAAUAAAGAAAUUCUCUGGAAUUGAAUAUAUUAUGAUCUUACAAUGAAAUUAUUCUAAAAAUUAUUAAGUAGAACAAAAAUGUACAAAAAUCGUAGGUGACAGGCAACUAACAGCAGGUCCAAGGACCACCGGUUGUGUACCAUCGCUAUAUAGGUAGGUACAUGUACGUUAUAUGUUUGAUGGAAAAAGCCAAUUGUGUUGAAUUUACUCUAUUAAUUUUUUGAUAAUCUUUGAUACGCGAUCUUUGAUUAGCUACGUGCAUAAAUAUAGCGUAUUAUUGUACUCGUACAUAUAUAUGGUGUCAAAUUGUGUUUUUUCGCAUGCUAAUUGUUCUGUUUGAAUUGUAAAUUUUGUUUUGCUUUUGACUUUUUUAUACAUUAUUAUGUAUGUUAGACUAAAAUAUGUAAUAUAUAUUUUCACGUGUUUAAGGGAUGAAAGUACAAAUUUAAUAUUUCUCUAAAUAUAUUUCCAUUGGAAAUAAUAAAGAAAAAAAAUAAACGUUAAUGAAUAUAUUAGGAUCGAGAAUACACGGCGGCACCGCACGCACGAUGUACAAAAGUCUAUUGUUUCAGGUGAAAUACUGUGUCAAAACCCCGAAAGUUUUCAGAUACCGUUACCCAGAGCUCGUCUGAUAAACAUCCAAAACAACAACAAUGCAAGCAAUAACGCCAUCGGCCGCCCGACCGUUAAACAGCCGGGUGGCGCCAGCCAAAAGCCGAUCACGCAAAAGCCGACCACGCCGAAGCCGCCGGCGUCGAUCAGAGACCUGCUCGGCUCCAACGCGUCAUGCGUCGAACCUCCGUUCAAGUGCCCUCAUCCGAAAAUACAGUUUUUCCUGUACACUAGGUAGGUAUAAAAUAAACAAAAAAAGAAAACGCAAUUUACAUAACAUCGAACUUGUGUAUACAUUAAUAAGAUGCCGUAUAUUUUUUACGUUCACUGAUUGUGCAUUAUGAUAUUUUCGCCGUGACUUUGGUUGACGCCUAAUUAUUCGCCGUCGUCAUAUCGUUUCAGACUCACGCAGAUGAAUCCCGACUUGUUGGACGUCACCGAUCCAGAAUCGCUGUACAAGUCUCAUUUUAACCCCAAGCACCCGGUCAAAAUAAUCAUUCACGGCUUCCAAGGCGGUAGAAACCUGUCGCCGAGCACUGAUCUCCGAAAUGGUAAGUCGAGUACUGUCACUGUAGUUAGCAUGGGUAGGCACUCAGAAUCCUCGUGUAACGUCGUUUUCGGAUUUCAAAACCGUUUUGUCGCACCGCAGCUUAUUUUACUAGGAGCAACUACAACAUAAUCAUAGUGGACUAUUCGUCGUUGGCCCAAGUGCCUUGUCUGAACCAAGUGGAAUGGGCGCCCAGAUUUUGCGGAAUGUGCAUCGCUCAGCUGGCAAACUAUCUGGCCGAACAUCCCCGCGGAGUUCCGCCCGACAAACUACAUCUGAUGGGGUAACGUACACACAAACAUUUACCAGUUCAUCGCGUAAUAUUAUAGUUAUAAAUAGGGCUCGGAAGUUAUAAGAUGUAAAUUUGGCAAAAUACGCACGUCAAUGCAAAAAAUUGAAUAAAAAAGCAAAACAAAUAAUCAAAAUUAAAAAUAAUAAUAAUUAUAAAUCAGUUCGUAAAUUGUGUACGGGAUAAAAACAAUAAAAUAAAAGCGACCACGUCGACCGCUUUAAAUACCCAUCCAUGCACGAUAGAAAUAAAUACCUAAAUAAAAACACGCGUUACACAAUUUUUAAUUUCAUAUUCAAUAUUAAUGAAAAUGCAUAGGCUAAAAAGAAAAUAUUUAAUAUGCAUAUUGCAUAUUAUGCGUACGAAAAUUAAUGAAAAUCGAUGAAACAUGCUUUUUUCCCCCCUAAAAAUAGACGAAAUAUGCAAUAUAUGUAUUUUAAAUGUUCGAUUUCUGUACUUUCUAAUGUAAAAAAACGGAUUUCUAGCUUGGUCUGUUAUAAAUCGAGAGCACACAGAACAAUAUGCGAUUUCUAAAAAUCCUUUAAAAAUUGUACUGAAAGGUCAGCAGAUUUAACCAGGAAUCCAACCAAGGGUGGGUAUAAUCACCCCACUCCUCCCCAAGACAUUUAUUUUAUAAAUUCAACGUAAAACUUAUAGUUACAUAAUUUCUAAUACAGUUUUACACAUUCAACUGUAAUUUAGACCAUAAUUCAUCUAUUUAGUAAUCAAUCAUUCCAAAAACAUUUCUAGAAAUUUUGCUUGAAAUCGUACCUUCCUCCCAUAGGUGAAUCCUGCAGGUUGUGUCACUGGAUUUUUUUCGCGGUAUUUCUUCUGGCCCGGUUCUUCAUUUACCGACACGCCGCAAUUACCCACACGACCGUCAAAAUCGAUUUUUUUUUUCUUCUCGUUCAAUACCCAAUAUAAUUGUAUUUUUAUCAUUGUCACGACGUAUACCUAUUUGUCCAUCACAGAUACAGCGUCGGAGCUCAUAUAGCGGGCCUGACGGCAAAUUACAUCAAGUCGGGAAAACUCGGACGGAUCACCGGCUUGGAUCCAACCAUUUUGUUUUAUACCACCAACAACCGGUCCAGAGACCUCGACCCGACGGACGCACAUUUCGUGGACAUCAUACACACGGCGGCCGGAAUUUUGGGCCAAUGGGGCGCCAGCGGUCACGCAGAUUUUUACGUCAACGGAGGCACUUCGCAGCCUGGCUGUGCCAGCGAUAGCAUCAUACGUAAGUCGUUUGUAGAAAAAAAAAAAUAAACAAAAAAAAAAAAAAAACGCAUAGUUUAUAAAAAUGCUAGUUUUAUAAUGCCGCGGGGAAAAAAUUAAAUAUUUUUCAUUUCCCGCGUCCGGUCGGCCCGGAAAGUUAAUCGUUUCUUGUAUCCGUUUGAUUUGCCGCGCAUCACGUUGGACAAUAAAAAAUGUACUGUUUUUUUCACGAUUCAGCGACUUCACUAUAUAUCAUGCUGACGGUCCCGUUGUAUAAUAUCAUUCGGUCAUAUUUCCCACGCGUUGAGGACGUUCGAUUAUACAAUAGUAUUUAUUAUAGAAUGAUUAUUACUCAUAAAUACAUCGUGCACGGCAAAAUUAAAAUGUCUCUUCGAUUUCAAUAAUAUCGAUCACGUGAAAUUGUUAAAUCUCGUACAAAUUGUAAUUUCAAAAUAUUAGACUCGCGUGAAGGUUAUAAAUCGGUAGACUCGGUCAAUUUCGUAAAGCUGAUAAACGCGUAAACGUGUUACAAUGCUGCACAAACUCGGACGAAAAUAACUACUGGUUUAGAGCCAAAUACGUAUAAUUUUUCCCGUAAUUUAUUCUGCGGUUUAUUGUUUUCUCACAAUGCACGUUAUCGAUUAUCAAUUACUGUAAUAGUAAUAGUAUUUCUCAUAGAGCGUUGAGUAUAAAUGCGUUGCUUUUCUCGGUUGUUUACAGAAACGCUAUCGUGCGAUCAUACUAAAGUGACUCCGUACUUCAUCGAAUCGAUCAACUCGAACAUCGGCUUCUGGGCGUUACCUUGCGCCAAUCGAUUUCUGUUUAAUCUGGGCCUUUGCGAUCCACCGGAGUCCGAGUACGUUUUGAUGGGCGAACACGUAUCUCACAAGUAAGUACUUACCUGUAUUCCUAAUAACGCCGUGAAAAUAAAAAAAUUAUAUUUUAGUAUGUAUUUUUUUUCUUGUUUGUCGUAGAGCCCGGGGCAUCUAUUAUUUGAGCACGAACGCCAGAAAACCAUACGCCAAAGGUUUCCCUAAACAGAGAUUGUCGUCGACCACAAAUAUCACCCUUGGAUGAUUUGCCAUGCGACGGAGGUCUAGUCAAAUUAUUUUUUGUGAUAGUUUAAAUUUACCUAAUUCGUCUAUACACCAGACACCUAAUGUACACAUGUUAUACAUUUUAAAUUUGAUUGCAUUUAAUCGGACGGUAUUUAUAUUAUUAGGUAUGUAAGUUUUGACUGUGUAUAUACGAAAUACGCCAAUAUACUAUUUUCGGUUUACUUUUAGUGUGAUUAGUAAUUUAUAUAAUUUUGUUUUUAUUAUUAUUAUUGUAGUUAUAGUUAUAAAAUGUUGGGAAUGUGACAAUAAUCAAAAAAAAAAAAAAAAAAAAAAUACAAAUUUUAAUUUAAUUUUAAGUUCUUAGUGAAAUGUCGGUUUAGCGUGGUUAUUUGGAAAAAUAUUGUAUAUGCAUCCGAGGUGUUGUUAAAAUUAUUUACCUAAGUAUAUUGUGAUGUAUCUAAACAUAGGUUUCUGUGUACGUGAUUUCCUAAUGGAAUAAAUUGUAGCCAUAUUAUUAUUGUUGCCUACCUAUGUACUGCAAAAUCAACGAACAUAAAUAUACACGAGUAGUAAUAUAUUAUUGUAGUAAUUGAUUUGUUAUUUUGUUAUUCUCCUGUUAUUUUCGAUGUUUAAAAACAAUUGCAUAUUAUUCACCGAUUAUAAUAUUAAAAGUGUUUUUUAACGAUUGCAUUAUCGAUAAACUAGAAUGA